UACCUCUUCUUCCGCCAAAACAAACAUGGCGGACAAAGAGUCAGCAGACGGUCGGAGGUUGACAGCGGCGGAGCAACAGCUCAUCCUCCGUCGCAAAGAGCUCGACAAUUGGAAGAAAAAUUCAGCGCGGCUCCGCAGCAGAAACCUAGUGACCGGUCUGACCAUUGGGGCCUUCGUGCUCGGAAUGUUCGGCUACACGAUCCUGUCCGUCAAGCAGGAGCGAGUUCUGGACGAGCUGGACGACGAGGCGAGGAUCAACAUCAUCAGAGGUCCCAGGACCGGAGCAAACUCCUGAGAGUCCUGGACACUGUGUGUCUCUGUAAAUGUGUGCAUAAGCUUAAUAAAGAUGCAAAUUAUGGACUGUA